UUUCGUUCUCUCGACGACGAUCUCACCUUCCACCUGCCAACCUCGUUAUAGACACAGAACAUCCUUUUAUUGUUCGUUCGCAAACGCCCCAUUCUCAAAACUCCUGAAAGCACAAUUAUAUAGGGCUCUCUUCAAACAUGGCGACAACCAUUUCAACGACGGUGCCAGGGUCGGGGUUGCAGGAUGUAAAAGAAUUGACAAGAAUGGAGCGCAUAGGUGCGCACUCUCACAUUCGUGGUCUUGGGUUGGAUGAUGCUCUGGAGGCUCGGACAACAUCACAGGGAAUGGUUGGGCAACUGCAGGCACGAAAGGCCGCGGGUGUUAUUCUAGAGAUGAUUAAAGAGGGAAAAAUUGCGGGCCGUGCCAUCUUAAUUGCUGGCGCACCUGGAACUGGCAAGACAGCGAUCGCCAUGGGCAUGGCACAAGCGCUGGGAACUGAUGUCCCUUUUACUAUGCUCGCCGCAUCCGAAAUAUUCUCCUUGGAAAUGUCCAAAACGGAAGCGCUGACUCAGGCUUUCCGCAAGUCUAUUGGUGUUCGGAUAAAGGAAGAGACGGAGUUAAUUGAAGGAGAGGUGGUUGAGAUUCAGGUGGACCGAUCUGCUACUGGUGCAGGAGCAAAGACCGGGAAAUUGACGUUGAAAACAACUGACAUGGAAACAAUCUACGAUCUUGGACAAAAGAUGAUCGAGGCUCUCAACAAGGAGAAAGUGACGGCUGGGGACGUUAUUACGAUCGACAAAGCCAGUGGCAAAAUUACCAAGCUUGGGAGAUCAUUUUCGAGAGCGAAAGAUUAUGAUGCGAUGGGUUCAGAUACACGAUUUGUGCAAUGUCCCGAGGGAGAACUGCAAAAACGAAAGGAAAUGGUACAUACAGUAACCCUGCACGAGAUCGAUGUAAUCAAUAGUCGGACUCAGGGCUUUUUAGCGCUAUUCUCAGGUGACACUGGUGAGAUAAAAACAGAAGUGAGGGAUCAAAUCAACUCCAAGGUGGCAGAGUGGCGAGAGGAGGGCAAAGCUGACAUAGUACCCGGGGUCUUGUUUAUUGAUGAAGUUCACAUGCUGGAUAUUGAGUGCUUUUCGUUCCUCAAUCGAGCUAUGGAGGACGACAUGUCCCCCGUAGUGAUUAUGGCAUCGAAUAGGGGAAUCACAAAGAUCCGAGGAACCAAGUACACCUCCCCUCAUGGUCUCCCGAUCGAUCUUCUCGAUCGCCUUUUGAUUAUCAGCACAUCUCCGUAUACGGAAAAGGAAAUUAAGCAGAUUCUAAGUAUUCGGUGUGAAGAAGAAGAUGUUGAAAUGACCGAAGAGGCAAAGGACAUUUUGACCAAAAUUGGCAUUGAGACAAGCCUUCGGUAUUCCAUCCAUUUGAUUACAGCAGCGUCUUUGGUAGCGCGAAAACGGAAGGCAACUGAAGUUGAUGUGGAGGAUAUCAAGCGCGUGUAUUCGUUGUUUCUUGAUGAGAAGCGAUCUGUACAAUAUCUCAAGGAGUACCAACAACAGUUUAUGUUCAACGCCUUUGGCGAAAGUAUGGAUGUGGAUCGAGGUGCUUCUGCCGAUAGUAUUGCUAUGGAGACUUAGAGACAGUAGCUCGCUUUUACCUUUCUGCUUGUAAGAAUAACGGAUCUAGCUCGAUCAGAGCUCUAUGUACAGACUAUUUACUCAACAGUUUAAUGUAUAAGGAAGCCAGCAAGGGUCGGAAUGGAGAGAUACACCACUUCAUAUCCUUCGUUAGCUAGAUGACAUGCUUGUUUGGCGCCAAGCACGCCUCUG